AUGCGUAGAACUGCAUUUAUGACUAGACUAGAAGGAAAACGAUUUCUUUUUCAUGAUGAUCUUGGAAGGCUUUGCGCAAGUUGUAACUAUUGUGGAUAUGAGGUCAUUAGUAAUAUUAAUAUUUUAAUUUCCACACAUAUUGAUAAUGAUAUAUUAAAGGCCCUAAAGGAGAAUCAAAAAUUAACUCAACAUGAAUUAACAAAAAAAAUAACAGAACAAAUUAAAUCCUUACUUGAAAUAAUGUUCUACACUAGUACUGCAAAUUCACAACAAAAAAUAUCUGCUCAACAAAUACAUGAGGAUCUUAUUCUAUGUGUAGCAUAUAGUAAAAUUAAAGCAGACAAUAUUCCUAAAAUUACUACUAUAGUGAACUAG